CCUUCUCUGCUACAAAGAAAACACCUUAAACUUCUGAUAUCAAGAAACAAAAAUGGCGUUCAACACGAAGCUACUUUUGGCCAUCUGCUGCGUCGCAUUGGUCUUCACUCUUGUCUCUGCAAACAUUUCCCAAGCAGAGAUCGAUGGCUUCCUCGAGGAGCACAACAAGGCUCGUAAAGAGGUCGGCAACAAACCCCUUAAGUGGAACACAACCUUGGCCCAGUAUGCCCAAGAAUAUGCCAACAAAAGAGUUGAUGACUGCGCUAUGGAGCACUCAAGGGGGCGUUGGGGUGAGAACUUGACCUCAGGUGAUGGCAUGACCGGUGCAACUGGGACUAAAUAUUGGGUCACCGAGAAAGAGUUCUAUGACCCCAAGUCCAACAAAUGUCUCAAAGAGGAAUGUGGUCACUACCUUGCUGUGAUCUGGGGAAAAACCACCGAGGUCGGAUGUGGCAUUUCAAAGUGCAAGGAUGGAAAGAACUACAUCGUUUGCAGCUACGAUCCCAUGUACCAGCCCGAGGACGAGCGCCCAUACUAGACGAUGUA